GUUUUGCUGCAGGGGUAAAUUUUUUUUUCUACAAUUUUACAAAAGUGAUAUUUAAAAAUGACUUAAUUUUAAGAACCUGUAAACAUAAAACUUUUUUUUUUUUUUUUUGCACGUGAAUUAGUUUUAAGCAUAUACAGCAGCAGCCAAGUGAAGCAACGAGCAACGGCUUUCUGCAGAAAAUCGAAAAGAAAAUUUGUGUUGAAAGAAAAAUUCGAGGCAUAACGCGAAUCGAGGAGCAUGUGUGGUUGGAGGCAACAUCAACAACAAAUUGCUGGGCAAUUGACGUUCUAUUAUUAAUAUUAAGGGAAAAGGCAAAGGCACAGGCAACAGGCAGGAGCAAAAGCGGAUGGUGGCAGGAGUAAACCUGAGCGGUGUCUCAGUUUGGUGCUGCUGCUGGGGGUGGUAAACAAAUAAUUUCCCGGCGUUUGUACAGUCUCACAAACACACACACAGGCAGACAUAGGUACACGCACACAAUGACGGCGCAAACGGUUUACCAAAAGGUAGUCCGUCUGUCCCUUCGCUCGGCCGCAAAUCUCUCCAAGCGGCGCGUGGAUGAGCUGAGCUCGGGCAUCGGAGAACUGCGCCAGCUGCUGUCGUGUGUGGUGUGCUGCAAACUGCUGGUGGAUCCAUACGCGCCGAAGGGCAAGCGCUGCCAUCACUAUGUGUGCCGACUGUGCAUACGCGGCUGCAAGCGGCUGAUGUCGCGUUGCAGGCAGUGCGAGGAUUGUUCGGAUUUUAAGACAUACGAGGAGAAUCGUCUGAUGGCCAUACAGUUGCUCUGCUACAAGACGUUGUGCGUGCGUCUGCUGCAGUCUUCGAUGUUCACGCAGCUCGCGGGACUCUUUCCCGAUCUGAGCCAUGUGGAACAGUUUCCGCGCAUUCGGCUGCCGGCAAAGACAACGCAGGAAUUCAUACGGGAGGGCACGAAUUAUGAUGGUGAUAUCAGGGACUCUUUCCUGCCACAGCCGGAUCUGCCUUUCCUGAAGAAUCUUCCACUCUCGCUGCCGGCAGAGACGCCGCCCACAACGGCGGCCACAACGCCCGAGAUGCCGUACGAGCAGAACCUGCCCGAGCAGCUGUCCAUCACCGACAUUGAAAUGGAGGCAGCCGCCACCGCGGAGCAGUCACAUUUCACACAUCCCUUGCCCCUAAUGCCGACAGGUUCGCGCAUGGGCCUGCGCCAUUUAAUGCUGAACCAAGGCUCCGGCUCGCUGAGCACCGAAGCCACCAGCUACACGGAUCACAGCUGGAACGAUCAGGUUGAUCUCUCGGCUGCCGUCUCCAUGUCCAGCUUUCCCUAUGUCAUGCAACCCACAGCCGCAUCCACACCCUUUGAUGAGCACCCAAUGCAAGAGUUGCAAAUUGGUCAAGUCGUGAGAAUAGAAGAGUCCACGCAGCCAGCUCUGUUGGCCAUAACGAGUGCGGAGGUUGAGCUGCUACCCUCACAAAAGCGAAAGCUUGCACAGCUGAAAAUGGAGCAGGAGGAGCAGACACAACAGUUGGUGCUCCAAGAGAUUGCCAGCAAGGAGGAGGAGCUGGCAUACCUAGAGAAUGUCAGCCAGGGGGAGGACUACCUGGAGAAUAUCAGCCAGGAUGAGAAUUAUCUGGAGAAUGUUAGCCAGGAAGAGGCACCGCUGGAGAUUGUCAGCAAGGAGGAGGCAUCGUUGGAGAUUGUUAGUCAAGAGGAAGCAACGCUGGAGACUGCCAGCCAGGAGGAUGCACACCUGGAGACUGCCAGCCAGGAGAAGGAAUCACCAGAGACUGCCAGCCAGGAGGAGGAAUCACCAGAGACUGUCAGCCAGGAGGUAUUCGAGGAGAGUGGCAGCCUGAACACGUCGCGCGAGAGCGUCACCGAAGAGAUCUACAAAGAGAUUGUCAGCGAGGAGCUGUACCAGGAGACUUCCAGCCAGGAGGCAACGCAGCAGCACAGUGUCGCCGCCGAAGAGGAGGAGAUUGAUGCCAGCCACGAGGAGCCAUCGCCAGAGCAAGUCAAGGAAGAGGAGGAGAAGGCAGAGCCGGAGGAAGCCUAUGAGAUCUCCUCCAGCGAGGAGAGUUAUACAUCAAGCAGCAGCAGCGAGGAGGAGGACAACGACAAAGACACCGAAUGGCAGCCCAUACGAUCAAAGUCCAACAUCCCAUCCGUGGAGCAGGAACCUGCAAAAACCAACAACAAAAAAGUAGAAAAAGCUGCAUCUCCCGCUCCGGCUGCAGAGCCCGCUCCAGUGCCUACGCCUGUGCCUGAACCUGUUCCCACAAUUGCCAAAACAACCCACAAAAAGUCAGCCAAAUCCGAUGCAGCAAAGCCAAGCAGCAAGAGGACGACGGGGGGUAGUGGUGGAUCAUCGCGUAGGAAUGCGGGCAAGACAAAGGAGAAGCCACCGAAGCCCAUCUGCCGCUGCGGCACCUCUGGUGUGUCGGUCAAUCCCAAGACCACCUGUCGCAACACACGCUGCCCGUGCUACAAGUCGGGCAACACGUGCACCAAUUGCCACUGCGCUGGCUGCCACAACCCACACAAGAUGGAUUAUCUCGAUUCCGAUGAUGAGCUGGAUGAGUUGGAGCCACUCAGCGUGCUGCAGGCAGAGAAGGAGCAACCAAUGGAAGCAACAGAAACACCAAAAGAGAAGGUAACGAAUGCAGCAACACCAACAGCCACACCAAAGGAAGGUGGUGCUGCCCAAGGAAGUUUCACCUUGGUGCCCAGCAAUCUGCAACAGUCGCAACAUCCUUUGGUUUUAGUGCAGAACGAGGAAAGUGGGGAGUAUCAAGGUUUCAACAUCUUUCAAGGCAGCGUACCCAUACAUCCCGAAACAAUUGGCUUUAUGCGUGUUCAGCUGCAGAAUAAUGAUCCCAAUAGCACGAUUCCUCAGUAUGCUUAUGUGAUGCCACCGCCACCAGUUGCUCCAACAGCAGCAGCAACCGCUCCAACCUCAGCUCCAGCUCUAGAAAGCAGACCCAAGCCCGAAGCGGAGCAGCCACAACCUACAAAGAAAUUCAAGUCUGCCAUCAAGCGCAGUGCACGCCUGCGUGGCUUUCCUCCGCGCAACACCAUCGAUGAGCUGGUCAGUGGUGGCUCCUCUGCCAUUAGCAAUUCUGCCGCUGGCGACAGAUUGUCAGCCACUGACAAUGCCCAUUCGCUGUUCGAGGAGAUUAUGUCGGGCUCGGAUGAUUUGUAAG